UGGCAGUUGGCAUUCUGGUACGUGAGUCGUGAGUGUUCUGUGAGUUGCCGCCAUUUUACUUGUGAAGUGAAAGGGACGCGUUAACAUCGAGCAUCGAGCAUUAUUAUUUAUCCUGUAGCGUUUGUGUUUCAACUUAGGUUUUGGAGAUUUGUUAUAAUCGUGUAAUUACAAAAACAGAAAGAUAUGGGUAAAAAGAAGGUAGAAGUUACAGACAGUGAAAGCGAGGAGGAAUACUCUGUCGAAAGAAUUAUAGAUAGGAGAGUAGUAGAUGGAAAAGUAGAGUAUUUUCUCAAAUGGAAAGGUUAUUCAGAAGACGACAAUACCUGGGAGCCGGACGAUAAUCUAGAUUGUCCCGAACUCAUUGCGGAAUUCGAAAAGAAUCGCAGAGCUAAAUUAGCUGCAAAGGGCAAAGAUAAAAAAAGGAACCGAGACAAUUCGACUUCAUCAGUAGAUUCUGAUACAUCUGCAUCUAAGAAGAAAAAAUCCAAGGCUAAAUCCGAUUCAGAAGAUGAAUCCCAAUCAAAGAAGUCAAAAGUAGAUGACUCAGAUGAAGACAAGAAAUCUAAGAAAAAAUCUAAAGACUCAGACUCUGAAGAUGAGAAGAAGUCAAAAGCAAAAAAGGAAGGUGACUCAGAUGAUGACAAAAAGAAAAAGAAGAGAAGAGUUGGUCCACAAUCAAAGAAGGAUGUAAAAGACUCUGAUGAUUCAGAUGAUGAGGAUAAGGAAAAGGAAAAAGAAAAGAAGAAAAAGAGACGAAGUGGUCCAAAAUCUAAAACUGAAUCUGAUAAUUCAGAUGAUGAUGAAAAACAGAAGAAGAAAGGUAAAAGGGACUCAAAGAAAAAAGCAGACGAAUCUGAUGAUGAAGUCAAAAAAACAAAAAAAUCUGAUACAAAGGAGAGAAAAAGUGGCCCCAAAUCUAAAGAUAAAGAAAAGUCUGCAUUUGAAAAGGGAUUUGAUGCCGAAAAGAUUAUUGGUGCUUCUGAUACCACUGGUCAGCUGAUGUUCCUCAUGAAAUGGAAGGGCACUGAUGAAACUGAUUUGGUUUACGCCAAGGAGGCCAAUUCUAAAUGCCCUCAAGUUGUCAUCAAAUUUUAUGAAGAACGCAUUACUUGGCAUACUCCAGAUGACUCUUAAAAAUCUCAUUUUAUAUUUUAAACAAUCUAUUUGCCAAUUGUUGAAGAAGUAUUUUUUAAUUUUGUGAAUAAAUGGUAGGUGUAAAAGAAAAUUUGGACCACUGCAUGAUAUAUUUUUCGUUUUUAUAUACUUGAUAAUUUUUUUUAGUAAAAUAACUUUCAUUACAGAAAUUUGUACCAUUAAAUGUAUUUAAAACAAUGGUGUUGCUUUAUUUUAAUACCUAUGUUUUUAUUGAAAGAACUUCUAAGUAUUUUUAAAUUUGCUUUAAUAGUCCUAUA